AUGAAACUAAGCAUCAAGCAUUUCUGCAUGGUGAGACCAAUUCAUGAACCAACAUGUAAAGGUCGCCAAUCUUUAUCAGAACUUGAUCAGAUCAACAGCCUCACUCACACACAGGUUAUCUACUUCUAUCAAUCACCAAAAAUUUGGCUCACACCAAGCGAGGCCGUUUUCAAUUCCCUUAGAGAUUCAUUGAGACGAGUUUUGGUGCCCUUCUAUCCACUCGCUGGGCGCUUGCGCUGGACUCUAAAUGACCACCACAAAGGCCGUCUCGAACUCGAUUGCGAUGGUCGCGGCGUCGCGUUUUUUGAAGUGGAAUUCGACGUUGAGCUAGUCGAAUUCGGAGAUUUUGCUCCGUCCACUCCGAAUUAUCAAAACCUUUUCCCUUCUAUAGACUGUAGUGUCCCGAUUCACGAACUGCCCGUUUUGUUUGUGCAGCUCACAAGAUUCAAGUGUGGUGGGAUCAGCCUAAGCCUGUCGUUUUCGCAUGUAGUCGCCGACGGUCUAAGCAUGGCCCACUUUGUCACGGAAUGGGCUAGGGUUUCCAGGGAAGAACCAAUGCAGAAAAUGCCAUGUCAUGUUCGAAACCCUUCAAGAAUUACGAGAACAACUCGAGUGUUUGAUCAUUCCACGGAUUUCUUAUACCUUCCGCGGCUACUAAUAGAGAAACCAACUUCUGAUGAUCAUCAAGAAGUGAAAAAUAUGAUUGAAAGAACAGUGAUCUCCCUAAAGCUUAGCAAAUAUCAAGUUGAAAAAUUACGAAAGUUUGCCAGCGACAACAUUCAGAACGACGAAGGAAAACGUGUCGUUUACACUCGAUACGAGGUUUUGGCUGCACACAUUUGGAGGUGCAUGACCAAGGUGAGGAAGAACAAAGAUGAGCAAGAAACAACAAAUAUCGUCACCAUUGAUGCGCGACGUCGUUUGGAGCCGGCGGCUCUACCUGAAGAGUACUUUGGGAAUGCAAUUUUCGAUGUCAAAGCUCGGAGCUUAGCCGGUGAUUUGGUGGCUAAACCUUUGGGUUAUGGAGCAAGCAGAAUAAGGGAAGCAAUUGAGAAGGUGACAAAUGAGUACGUCUUAUCCGCCAUUGAUUUCAUAAAGAAUCAACAAGACUUGUCUAGGUUUCGAUACUUGUACUCAUUAUUUGUGGAGAAUAAUAUUAAUUUGCUUGGGAAUCCUAAUGUUGCGGUGACCAAUUGGGUAAAUUUGCCUGCUUAUGGGAUUGAUUUUGGAUGGGGAAAGGAGAUAUAUUUCGGGCCAGGAAAUCUUGAAAUAGAUGGAGACUCGGUGCUAUUUCGUGAUAAUGUUAGUGGAGAUAUUGGAUCUCUUAUUGUUGUAUUGUGUCUUCAAGUUGAUCAUGUUGAUGACUUUAAGAAGCACUUCUAUAAAGAAAUAUUGGACUCUUCUUUAUAA